GUCUCGACUGCUGUCAGUGAGGUAAAUAAAAAAUAUGGCUGCUCGCCCUAAAUCUCCCCGUUCUCCAAAAACUCCCGACAGGGAUGAGAGUAUUUGGGAUAAAAUUGGUACUCUGGGCAGGAAGAAGAGGAUCAAGGAAGUGCAAGAGGUUCAGGAGGAAGGAAAGCAUGCCAUCGAUUCCCCAGGGAAUCCCAAUGCUCCCGUAAUCCCAGCUGAGGACUACAACUUGAGUGACAAUGAACAGAGGGCCAUGAUUCAGCCUCAAUCCAUGAAUGAUCCUGCUGUGAAGAAGCUCCUGGAAGUUCUCAUCAAUUGGAUUAACGAUGAGUUGGCGGAUCAGCGGAUCAUUGUGAAGAAUAUCGAGGAAGACCUGUACGAUGGCCAGGUUCUGCAGAAGCUGUGGGAAAAGCUCACUCAUCGCAAACUGGACGUCCAGGAAGUGACUCAGUCUGAAGAAGGGCAGCGGCAGAAGUUGAAGAUUGUCCUGCAGGCAGUCAAUCAUACGUUGGGAUUCCACCACAAGACGCCCAAAUGGACCGUCGAGAGUGUCCAUUCGAAGAAUCUCGUGGCCAUUCUACAUCUCCUAGUGGCUCUGGUGCGCCACUUCAGAGCUCCCGUCCGCCUUCCGGACAAUGUCUAUGUGACUGUAGUGAUUGUCCAGAAGAACGGCACGCAAUUGACUGCACAAAAGUAUCAGGAACAGUUGACGGCGCAGUACGACGAUGUUGGCAUGAGAUGCGAACCGGAUGCCUUCGACACUCUUUUUGAUCAUGUGCCUGAUAAGCUGGCCGUCGUAAAGAGGUCGCUGGUGACUUUCGUGAAUAAGCACCUCAACAAGCUGAACUUUGAGGUAGCAGACCUCAGCACGGACUUCCGCGACGGUGUGUACCUGUGCCUCUUGAUGGGUGUUUUGGGGGGAUUCUUCGUGCCGCUCUAUGACUUCCACCUCACGCCAAAGGACACCGACCAAAUGGUGCACAACGUGGCGUUUGCCUUUGAGCUGAUGCAAGACGUGGGAUUGCCAAAGCCCAAAGCGCGCCCCGAGGAUAUUGUCAACAUGGACCUCAAGUCCACCUUGCGAGUGCUCUACAAUCUCUUCACGCAGUACCGCAACAUCUCUUAAAA